GUACAUAGAAGGCUGAGCUCGCGUGAACAGCGUUGGUACCGCGGCGAGUGCCUACUGCGUUUGGAGAAUAGCUCACCACACACGUUCCAACCGCCAACCCAUCAGCAGCACUGUCGUGUCGUCGUGAGUGUGUGAGCAGCGAUUUUUGUUUUCCACGAGAGUGUUUUCCUCGGCGGUGCUUUUCCAGAACAGUUUCGUACCGCGAGCCGGAAAACUGUCCCUCGCCGGUCAGACGAUUCUCAGCGCUUGAAGUGGUUACAACCUCACCCAAAAGGUGGAUUCUUCAGAAGAUAUUUGUUUGUUCAGAAACAGUGACUUAUACGCUCAAAGUUAGUAACGAGCAGGUGCGUGUUGAAGCAACGCAAAACAAUAAAAGCAAUCAUUAGGCGACAUAAGCGACGGGUUUCACCAGUGUGUCAAACAGAAAGAAUCUAUCUGUCCAGGAUUUUCACCGUUUGCUUCCCACGGCUAGUUGUUUGGCGACGCGUAACUUAUUGUGAGAAUCGAGUAUUUCCAAGCCUUGUAAUACAGAGAUCUAAGCAGGCCAAACGAACAAGUGGUGCCACCGGGUUCAGAAGUACUUUGUUGCAAUCCGCCAAUAAAAACGAAAAGUUGGAAAUCCAAGAGUACACCUAGGCAAUUGUUAUCAAGUCGAGUUGUAAUCUUGCCCGUUGUUAUCUUACGUUUUUAACCAUUGUCAUCGAGACCCAGUGUUGUGUGUGAAAAUACCAAUAUACCGUUCGGGGGCAACUUUUUGGUGGAACUGUGAGUGUUAAUUGAUCAACGGGAACCGAAGAAGUAGUCGCAGCAAGCGUUGAAUCCUCCAGAUUGGACUGACGUCAAUCACCUGCCGAGAAACUACAACUAUUUAUAUUGGCCCGCGUGUAAUUGUAUGAUGAUCCCAGCCUGCCGGAUCUGCCCAACAACCUCAUAGUAACGGAUGACAUUUUGGACCUAAUCAUUGAUAUAAUCGACCAAGAAAUGCCACCAACAGCGCAAGAAAGACCGCACGUCGUCAUCACCGAGCAGCCCCAGUCGAAAGCGCUGCGGUUCCGGUAUGAGUGCGAAGGCCGUUCCGCCGGGUCGAUCCCCGGCGUCCACAGCACCCCGGAGCAGAAAACCUUCCCCGGGAUCGAAAUCCGGGGCUACAAGGGCCGAGCGGUGGUGGUGGUGUCCUGCGUAACCAAGGACCCGCCCUACCGGCCCCACCCGCACAAUCUGGUCGGCAAGGAGGGCUGCAAGAAGGGAGUCUGCACGGUCGAGAUCAACAGCAGCACCAUGAGCUACACCUUCAGCAACCUGGGCAUCCAGUGCGUCAAGAAGAAGGACAUCGAAGAAGCGCUCCGUCUGCGGGAGGAAAUUCGGGUGGACCCGUUCAAGACUGGAUACGGUCACGCCAGGCAGCCUGCCACCAUCGAUCUCAACGCCAUCCGUCUGUGCUUCCAGGUGUUCCUGGAGGGUCAACAGCGGGGCCGGUUCACGGAGCCCCUGCAGCCGGUGGUGUCCGAUGUGAUCUACGAUAAGAAAGCCAUGUCCGAUCUGGUGAUCUGUAAGUUAAGUGACGUAACCGCUCCGGUAGCCGGUGGCAGAGAGAUUAUUUUGCUGUGUGAGAAGGUCGCCAAAGAGGACAUCGCCGUGCGUUUCUACGAGGAACAGCACGGUAACAUCGUGUGGGAAGAAUACGGCGAGUUCCAGCAUACCAACGUGCACAAACAGGUGGCGAUCUGCUUCCGGACGCCCCGAUACCGAACGCUGGAGGUGGAACAUCCUGUCAUGGUGAACAUCCAACUGAAGAGGCCAUCGGACGGUGCUACCAGCGAACCGCUGCCAUUCGAGUUGACGCCCCUUGACUCAGGUAGGCGUAGAUUCUGGUCACUAAAGCGUGACAUACUGAAAAAUGACUCUCCGGAAAAUGAGGUCUUCAAAAAGAUCCUUCUGGAGGGAUCAGUUCAGACCGGGAAAAAGAACCCUCCGAUACAGGAAUCCGAUGAAGUUAUAGUGUUGGACACUCCAGUCGCUGAGAACAAGCCAAUUGUGGCGGAGCAAAUUCCAAGCGAUCAGAAAACGACCGAAUGGAUCGAGCGAAACGAAUUCGACGACGUCAACAACAAUAGUCCGGUUUCCAGUGAAGACAAUCAGUUGCUCUCGAAUGAUUCCGUUGAACAGCAAGUUCCCAAAGAGGACGAAGAUAAGACUCUUAACGAACUGCUGGAACAAGUGGCUGAGCUUGAUGAAAUUUACACUGAUCAUCAGCUGCGUCGUGAAAAUAUGAUCAUCGAAAACGAGUUGAAAAUUUUGGAAAAGACCAUUCCCACUGGUUUGGACGGAACUGGAGAUAAGAUGGAUAUUGACGAUGUCUUUGACGAUGCCGCUACUUACACUAGUCUGCAACGUGCCUUUAAGAAUCCCGUUCCUCUUGCGUUAGGCCCUCCAGUUCCACCAAGACCUCAUUUUCAACUAGAACUAGAACCGGGAGUCUACGAUGCUGUUGAACCCAUGCUAAUUUGUCCACCCUCCAUUGAAAUUGGCUCAUUAAAACGUGAAAACAAAGAAGACGAAAAACUUCCUCCUCUUCCUCCCAAACGUGCUAAACCCAAUUCUCAGAACAAAGAAAAUGCCAACAUCGAUACCGGUGACGAAGCGCUACUCCACAGUAUCAUUCGGAAGGGUUCCAUGCGUAGUCUCACUCCACGUCCUCAGUCUGAUCAGAUUAUCAUUAUGAAAUCUCCCGAUAGUCCCCCUAACAAAAAGCUUCCUCCCACUCCUCCAGCUUCACCAACCAAAAACGACUACGGAACGUUACCCAAGAACAAAAAAUCCGGUUUCUUCUCGAAAUUGUUCUCCCGCAAGAAGAGCAAAUCUGAUCUUUCCGCCAGUACAACAACCCUUACUCAAAAGAGCACUCCUGGAGCUUCCAAGGAACCCAGCUUGGCAAACUUCGAGUCGAACGAUUCCACUCGGGACUCCGUUCGCAGCAAGACAUCGGUCACCGAAAAGGGUGGCGAUAAGCGAAAACCAGGCAAGCCUGUAGCUCGCAGCGUUAGCAGUGUUUCCGCCAAACGACCAACUACCGAAUCCAAUCCAGAUGUGAUCUACAUCCCUCUGAAGGGGGAUGGUCCCACAACUACCCUCACUACCCGCACCGGAAGCGGCACUCAUCUGUCUCUUCCGGGAAAUGAUUCAUACGAACGGGCCAGCACAGCCUCCCUUCCUCCCUUGGACAGGAGAGCAGUCAGUGCCCUUCAGCUGGACGUUCCUAUCCAGGACGGCAAUAUGGAACUUGUGGCCAUUGCCGAUGCUCGCAGUAUAAAAAAUUUAGUCGAAGGAGACUACGGCAUCAAACUUGAUCCCAGCGUGGAUCUAACCGAAGCCGAACACUUUGCUCUCUACACCUCGAUAGCGCCAAAUGCCGCGCUAAGCGAGUUUGACGAAACCUCCGCCUACUACGCCCCCGUCGAGCCCGGCCCCCUUCCAUACUUACGCCCUAAUAGUACGGCUUACAGCGCUGAUGUCUAAGCAAAACACCGCAACUGUUUCGCAUCUAAUUUUGCCCACAUUCAUGUUUCUAGAUAAAUCUUAACCUUACACACAACCCCCCCAUACACGAAAACCAUCAGCUAAUCAUUUUUAUUGACAUGUUAUACUUAUUUCCAUAUGUUUGUAGCCAAACGAAAGAAACGCAAGCCUAACACCUGGGGGGACACCCCAGAACACAUGCCAGAAGCAGCCCGUAAGUGUCCUCCAGCCUCUUCCCGUGAUCUCACUCUAUCUCUCAAAUGUUCAACCUCCCAUAUCGUUUCGUCAUCUGCCAUGCAGUACACACUAACAGUCGCAUCGAAGCAUCAUUUUAAUUUAAAACCCAAAAAAAAUCUAUCACUCACAUGCUCUCACUCACUCACCGACAUAACGCUCUUUCUCUUUCGCUCUCUGUACUCGUAUGGGUUGGCGGUCCUGUCCUUCUGUUACCAAGCACUUCACCACCCAUAUGAUUCGGCGCCUAGUUUGAUAUUCGACGUAACCUACUUUGAUGGUUACUAGCGCUAACAGAAACAAAAACUCUUUUGGUGUUGGUUGGUAUUUUAUUGGAAUAAUAAAAAAAAACGCAAAAACCUAUUACUAAGCCAUUUGGGAUAUUGGAAAAUUUGUUCAUUGGAUACUAAACUGUUGAAACGUUGGCUAAAAGCCAAGCAUAACACAUUGUUAAUUAGGGACAAAGAAAUUGGUAUUGUACGAAAAUCGAAGGCAUUUGAACAAGUUAAUCAAGCACAAUACAAUCGACGAAUCGGACAAUUUGGAUCGAAACUAACCCACAAAGCCGGUGGUAGAUCAAAGAGAACACAAUCAAGCGAUACUAGUCACAAACUUGAGCUCAAAUCCGUUCAAUACUUAAGAUCUGAGGACAGUUUUUUGAAACAGCUGAAGAGAAUGAUAAUCGUGUUUUUUUUUUAUCUGAAAAUUAUUUCAGACUUGCGAUCAAUGUUUUCUACUUGGAAGAUUAGUACAGUUAAGGUUAUUUUUACUUGUAAUAUUUGUAUGUUGAACGUAGCGAAAACAAAUACUUAUUAAAAAAGAAGUAAACACAAUUGUUAGUAGAUAAUAAAUGCCUGUUGAAGAUGAUCCAAAUAUUUUUGAAAGAUCAGGAUUUUUGUAGCGCGAAGACGUACAGGCAGUUUUUUGGUGCAAUAAAACGUGGAAUAAAAUAUACCAUUUGAUUAUACAAACAA